UGUGAGCAAGGAGGUUUUGACACGUAUAAAUUUCAUCAUCGCUGUAGUCCAUAGUCUCUGUAUUUUCAUCUGUCUUUGCGCCUGAACUACCAAGAACGAAGAUAUUUUCUGAUGCAAGUAGACUGUUAUGUUUUCAUACGUGGCCACAUGGGAUAACGCCUUACUUUCACAUUGACACUGACGCUGGGACAACAACCCCCUGUCGUAGUUGUUGUAGCAUUCGAGCAUCAUCCCCCAUUACAACGACAUCCAUUCUUUGUCAUUUUCAAACUGGAAGAGGUGUCACAUAUGAUAUCAGGAUAUCCUUCAUACUUUGACCAGCGCUAGUAAAUAUAUUGUCUUCAUCAGGAGGUGCCAGAUAGACUUUUUGGACCUUACCGAGAAACAUGCCUCCAGCUCUCACCUUCUUAGCUAUCGUAUUUGCAUUUAUGGGAAUAAUACUAAAUUUCUCCAUCCAUAAAAUAGAAGAAGGCCAUGUGGGAGUGUAUUACAGGGGAGGGGCUUUGCUGACCUCAACAAGCAAUCCGGGUUAUCACUUCAUGUUACCGUUGUUGACAUCUUUCAGAAGUGUACAGACAACGUUACAAACAGAUGAAGUUAAAAAUGUUCCGUGUGGAACAAGUGGUGGUGUUAUAAUAUAUUUUGAUCGCAUUGAAGUUGUAAAUCAGCUGGAUUCUCAAGCAGUAUAUGAGACAGUGAAGAAUUACACAGCUGAUUAUGACAGGACUUUGAUAUACAACAAAAUCCACCAUGAGCUGAAUCAGUUUUGCAGUGUUCACAAUCUCCAGGAGGUCUACAUUAAUCUGUUUGAUCAGAUUGAUGAGAACCUGAAGAAAGCUUUACAGGAAGACCUAAACGACAUGGCGCCUGGCCUGUAUGUCAGGAGUGUCAGAGUAACCAAACCCAAAAUACCAGAACAGAUCAGGAAAAACUAUGAAAUGAUGGAAGCAGAGAAAACAAAACUUCUAAUCGUUAACGAAAAACAGAAAGUUGUUGAAAAGGAGGCAGAGACGGACAGAAAGAGAGCUCUUAUUGAGGCGGAGAAGAUUGCUCAAGUGGCUAAAAUUCAGUGGCAGCAGAAAAUCAUGGAAAAGGAGUCUGAACAAAAGAUAGCUGAAAUUGAAGACUUAACUCACUUGGCAAGAGAAAAGGCGCGGGCUGAUGCAGAGUUUUACAAGGCAGCUAAGGAGGCUGAGAGCAACAGGGUGCGUCUCACCCCGGAGUACUUGGAAAUGAUCAGAUACCAGGCUAUAGCCGGCAAUAGCAAAAUUUACUUUGGCAAAGACAUCCCAGACAUGUUUAUGGGCUAUGAGCCUUUGGUUGAAGAUUCCCUCAGAACUUCACAGAAGUCAAUCAGCAAGAACUCACCCUAACGACAUGGCAGUCUGGAGCUUUUGUGUGAUUGCGUGCGAGACUGGCGAUGAGUUUUCAUUUCUUGUCAACUAAGAAAAACAGAAAUCAAACUGUUUUUAUACACACAUAUUUUCUAACAACAUCAGUUCAUGCAAUGUUAACUUUGCUCAAUUACCUCUCACAUUUCUAUUUUAAGUAGGAUUUUGAUUGUUUCCAAAUUGUUGUAAAUCCACAGAUCAGAUUUUUUUAUGAAGUAAUUAGAUUGUUAUUCAUAAUAUUUAAUUUUUUCUGACUUUUUGAGAGGGAAGGUCUCAACCUUGCCUAACCUUGAAUGCCCCCC